AUAACGAAGUUUGGAAGAAUUAACUGACUGAAAUAUUAUCAAAUUAAAAUGUUCAAAUUCUACAUUUUUUUCAACGUGGUGUGCAUUUACCUAGCCAUUCGGAGUGCUCUUGGUGCAGAAGUCCCCGAUCCAAAUGAACAAAAGAUGUCGAGCUAUUUUGCGGCAGACAAUCACGACGAAGACGCCGUUGGUAAACGCGGCUCGGCCAUGUGGUUCGGACCUCGAUUAGGAAAACGCACAAUUCCCUUGGAACUUCACGACGAGCUGCAGGAUGAGAUGGAUAGUAGUCCACUGUUUUACUCCGGAGAAUCACCCCACCGAUUGGCUACGGAAAUCAGCCAAGGAACUCCAUACGUAGUGCUUUUGGUAACCGGCCGUGCCAUGAAAUCUCAGCCGGUGUACUAUUCCGCAACAACACCACGAUUAGGCAGGCGGGCCGCACCUGUGAACGAAAACCAUUCGAGACCCCCGUUUGCUCCGCGACUAGGACGAAAUUUACCAAUUUCUCCGCGGCUGGGUCGUUCGUUUAGCGGAGCUGAAGACAGUUUUGGAUAUUAGUUUGUGGUGCGGUAUCUUCGGUAGAGUAUAUUGAUUCUCCAAAUCGUAGCAACAUGUCAUUCCUAUUGGAGUUAUAGCGGCUGGAACCCGAAUAGGGAAGAUGUGCUGAGGAUGUUAUUGGAAUAGAUGGGAAAAUAGAAUUUUCGUGACUCAAGUGAUGUAUAUAUCUGUGCAAUAAGGAAUAUAGAUGACAACAUUCUAACUGUGGUUUAGUGCUGCCAGUAAAUGUCGAAAUUGUGAAAA